CAAUCGCACACCACAACCUCAAUCCCAUACACUCACUCCACAGCUCGUCAAUACACUCUUUCAGUACCUCUCACGCCCAAAGAUGAGCACAUCAUCAACAACCACAACCACCAAACCCGCCCUCCCUCAAGACUCCCCCCAACCCACCAACACCCCAAUCACCCUCCUCAACACCCCUCUCGCGCAAACAUACACUCACAUCCACCCAAUCCUCCUCCUCAGCAUCUACACCGCCCGCUUCAGCGCCACCGUCGCCGACCCAGUGUCCAGCCUAAGCCAACUCGCCGUCGUCACGGCCGUGCUGCAGAGCGUAUACGCAGUGACAUGCCUCCCGCCGACGAGCGAGGGCAGCGCGACGAAGAACGCAGAGGGGGCAUCGAGCGCUAGUAAUGGCAGUGGUGGGAAAUGGACGAAGAAGCCUGCGCGCACCGCGACGCGGAAAGGAAGCCUCGGCGCGCGGAUCUGGCCCGCAACCCUCUCCCUCCUCCUCACCCCCCCGCUCGCCCUCCCCCCGCUCACCGCCCUCGCAAUCCUCCUCGGCGCCCCCCUAACCACGCACUUCCCACACACGCUCCUCCUCAGCCUGCAUCUCGCGCUGCUAUCCGCCUUUCCCGUGCUCUACACGCACGGUGUGAGCGCGCGUACGUGGCGCGGGGUGCUGGGGCUUAUGAGGCCUGUGGAUGAGGUUGUGGGCGGGGCGCUGGGCGCGUUGCUGGGCGCGUGGCUGGGGUGUGUGCCUGUGCCGUUGGAUUGGGAUCGCGACUGGCAGGCUUAUCCUGUGACGCUUGUGACGGGGGCGUAUGUGGGGUAUGUUGUUGGGAAGGUGGCUGGGGGGACGGUGAUGAGGGGGUGGGUUGUGUCGUUUGAUUAG